AUGCAAGGCCCAAGCCGAUUGGCCCUGUUCUACUUUGCCAAUGGAUUUCCCCCGGACGACAUUCAGGAUCUGUUCCGGCGACUUCGUAGCCAGAGUAAGACCGAAAGCGGUUGGACCUUACGGGCUUUUGUUGUACAAGCAACCAACGCGUUACGAGAAGAGAUACGCGAGCUUCCGGACCACUUGCGGAAUCCAUUGACUCCGUUGGAUAACGCACUAGAUCUGGCCGCUUUGCCGGGUUGGAGACGAGGGCCGUUGGCUGGCGCUCUGGAAGGGGUGUUGCUAUGUCUGAUCGAGAUUGGAUCUCUCAUUGCUUACUACGAGAGGACACCAGACCAAUUCAAGUUUUCUGGACGCACAGCAUGUUUUACUGGUAUUGGCACCGGCUUGUUGGCUGCUGCUGCCGCUGCUGCCUCACCAACGCUAGCAGACCUUCCCAGUCUGGGAGCUGCGGCCGUGCGAAUAGCCCUGCGAAUGGGAGUAUUGGUGGCUGAGACCUCCCAGAGCGUCGAAGCGCGAGAACCAGAUGCUCCGGCUGAUAAUUGGGCCGCGGUUGUGAUGGGUCUGGAUGAGGAUACUGUACGAGAGGAACUUGGCCUCUUCAAUGCAUCCACGCAUAACCCGGUCCCCAGCCGGCUUUUCAUCAGUGCUGGCGGCACUGAUAACAUCACUAUCAGUGGACCUCCGUCUAAGCUCCGUCAAGUGUUCAGAGUCUCGGAAAAGCUCCGCUCUGCACGCUAUGCGCAGUUGCCCGUCUAUGGGGGGCUCUGUCAUGCUCCCCAUCUCUACAACUCCUGUCAUUGGACCUGGAUCAUGGAACCAAUCAAUGGUGCAGCGUUCAACCAGAUUAUGGUAGAUGCUGCACCUCUCUUUUCGGCAGGGGACGACGUGCCGUUCGAAGCGUCUACUCCUCGCAAGUUGUUCGAGUUGGUCGUCUGCGACCUUCUCAUGGGCAUGAUCCGUUGGAACCGAGCAGUAGAUGGGGUUCUGGAAUUACUGGGACAUACAUUACCAAGUGAAUGCCACGUUUAUGCGUUUCGUCCAUGUGCUGUGGUCGCAGGCAUGGUAACGUCGGGGCAGGACAAAGUACCCCAUUGCCAGUUUCAAACGCAUGAUCUGCUCGACUGGACUUGUCAAAGCGGCCCUGAAAACGGGCCGACAGGUAGAGAGGAUUCCAGCAUCGCAAUCGUGGGAAUGGCCUGCCGGUUCCCCGGUGGCGCAAACGAUCUGAACCUUUUCUGGGAUCUUUUGGAACAAGGGAUAGAUGUGCAUCAGAGAGUACCCGCGGACCGAUAUGAUGUAGAGAGUCAUACCGACAUGAGUGGAAAGUCUCGGAAUACCAGUCUCACUCCAUUUGGCUGCUUCAUCGGUCAGCCGGGACUGUUUGACGCUGGAUUCUUUGACAUGUCCCCAAGGGAAGCAAUGCAGACAGAUCCCAUGCACCGCCUGGCGCUGAUGACCGCGUACGAGGCUCUGGAGCAAGCUGGCUUUGUCCCAAACCGCACGGAAUCGACGCACCUGAAACGCAUCGGGACAUUUUAUGGCCAAUCAUGCGAUGACUACCGGGAGGCCAAUGCCGGCCAGGAGGUCGACACCUACUAUAUUCCUGGUGGCUGCCGUGCCUUUGCUCCUGGCCGGAUCAAUUACUUCUUCAAAUUUAGCGGGCCCAGCUUCGACUGUGAUACUGCCUGCUCUUCCAGUUUAGCCACUAUCCAGAUGGCAUGUACGUCCUUGCUGCAUGGAGAUACCAAUAUGGCCGUGGCGGGAGGCCUGAACAUCCUGACCAACAGCGACGGCUUUGCAGGUCUCAGCCGGGGCCAUUUUCUGUCCAAAACAGGUGGCUGCAAGACGUUUGACUGCAACGCCGAUGGAUACUGCCGCGCAGACGGAAUAGGCUCCAUAGUCCUGAAACGAUUGGAUGAUGCUCAACGGGAUAACGAUAAUAUCUUCGGAGUAAUCCUCGCAUCUGCAACGAAUCAUUCCGCGAGGGCUAUUUCUAUAACCCAUCCGCAUGCCCCGUCCCAGGCCGAGCUCUACCGGGAUAUCCUGAACCGGGCUGGAGUGAGCCCCCUGGAUGUUGACUUUAUCGAGAUGCAUGGCACUGGCACGCAGGCGGGCGAUUCAACAGAGAUGGAGUCCGUUACCUCCGUCUUUAGUCCUGGGGUCCCCAAACGCAGCCAGCCAUUGUACAUUGGAUCUGUCAAGGCCAAUGUAGGCCACGGAGAGGCGGCAGCCGGGGUCAUGGCUUUGAUUAAGGUUCUCUUGGUUCUACAGAGACAGGCCAUCCCCAGACAUGUGGGCAUCAAGACAGCCCUGAAUCCCCGAUUCCCCGACCUUGAUCGCCUCAAUGUCCGAAUUCCCUACGAACAGGUGCCAUGGCCGCGUAGUCCCACCCGGAAGCGGUAUGCACUCGUUAAUAACUUCAGUGCUGCGGGUGGCAAUACUUCCCUUCUCAUUGAGGAGCCUCCGGUAAGACCUGAACCCAAAGCAGACCCUCGAACGGCAUUUACCGUCGCGGUAUCAGCGAAGAGCAAGGCAUCCUUGAAGAAUAAUCUGCGGAGCUUCUUGACUUAUCUUGAGUCCCGGCCGUCUAUAAACCUCGCUCAUCUCUCGUACACUACGACGGCCCGACGCAUGCACCACAAUCAUCGCGUCGCCGUCCAUGGCUCCACCCAGUCCAGUAUUAUGCAGGAGUUGGAUAAGUACCUGCCUGCUGUGGACACACAUCGACCCGUCCCUAACGUGCCGCCUUCCAUUGCGUUUGUGUUCUCAGGCCAGGGCAGCUUCUACACAGGCAUAGCUCGCCAGCUGUAUGAGCAUCAUCCGGGCUUCCGACUCCAGAUCACGCGCCUUCACGAUAUCUGUCUGAGCCAUGGUUUCCCUUCAUUCCGACGGGCCAUCACCGGAGAUCUCAGCGACAAUGGAUCCGAAGCAGAGCCUAUAAUCUCUCACCUGACAAUUGUCUGUGUGAGUAUUGCUCUGUGUCGGCUGUGGGAGACUUUGGGUGUCAAACCCUGCGUGGUUGCCGGGGCGAGCCUGGGUGAAUUUGCUGCGCUCUAUGCUGCUGGGGUUCUGUCUGCGAGCGAUGCGAUCUAUCUCGUGGGUCGCCGUGCCCUGCUCUUGCAAGAGCUGUGUACUCCCAAUACUCAUGCCAUGUUAGCGGUGCGCGCGACUGUGGAGCAGAUCCGCGAUGUGUUGGCUGGACAGCCUUAUGAAGUGGCUUGCAUAAACGGCUCCAGCGACAUAACCCUCAGCUGCUCGGUCGCUGAAAUCAUCAAUAUACAGCUAGCCAUCGAGCAACGUGGAUAUAAAUGUACUCAGCUCGAUGUCCCUUUUGCCUUCCAUUCAAUCCAGAUGGAUCCUCUCCUUGGGCCGUUUGAGCAGAUCUCCCGCGGUGUCACCUUCAAAGCCCCUAAUAUACCCGUGAUAUCCCCGUCACUCGGCGAUUGCGUUUUUGAUGGCAAGACCAUCAAUGCAUCCUAUAUGUGCAAUGUUACUCGCAAUCCGGUAAAGUUUGUCGAUGCUCUUGAAGCGGCCCGUGGCAUGGAUCUGAUAGAUGCAAAGACCGUCUGGGUGGAAAUCGGCCCGCAUGCGUCGUACAGCCGCUUUGUGGGCAGCGCGAUGCCGCCGGGGACCACGACUAUUGCAAGUUUGAACCGUAAUGAGAAUAAUUGGAGCACCUUUGCGCGCAGUAUGGCUCAAUUGCAUAACCUUGGGGUGGAUCUAAACUGGCAUGAGUGGCAUGCACCUUUCGAAAGCGAAUUGCGGCUCUUGGUAGAUCUUCCUGCAUACCAGUGGAACACGAAGAACUACUGGAUUCAGUACAAUGGAGAUUGGAUGCUACGGAAGGAUGGCAAAUCAUUAGCAUCAUCCGCAAAUCGUCCGCAUCAAUCGAUUCCACCUGCAUUGCGCACCUCACUUGUGCAUCGUCUCGUGCACGAAUCAGUUCAGGACAAUAGAGCAGAGGUCAUUGUCGAGUCCGACAUCCUACACCCAGACUUUUUCGAGGCGAUGAAUGGCCAUAGGAUGAAUGGAUGUGCAGUAGCUACCACGGCGAUCCAUGCAGACAUUGCUUUCACUUUGGCCAAGUACCUUUCCUCGAGCAUCAUGCCUAAUUCCACCAUCGCACCGGCCAUCAAUGUGAAGAAUAUGCAAGUGCAGCACGGCCUGGUCGCGCGAAAGGAUCGCUCCCGGCCCCAGCUCAUCCAGAUCCGCGGCAUAGCAGACGUCGCACGGGGCCUGGUCAGCUUGUCGUGGCACCUUGUAGACGAGCAAGGCCAUCGCGUUGAGGAGAGCUUCGCUACCGCGGUGGCGGAAUAUGGAAACCACGAAGCUUGGCUAGAGGAAUGGUCUCCCAUGGCACACUUGGUCGUCAGCCGGAUCGACGUUCUGCAGCGCCUCGCCGACGAGGGCACGGCCAACCGGUUGUCUCGGGACAUGGUGUACAUGCUCUUUAACAAUCUGGUGGAUUACGCGGAGAAGUAUCGCGGGAUGCAAAUGGUCGUUCUGCACGGCUUGGAAGCCAUGGCCAAUGUGACUCUCGCUGCCCCCGAGCAAUCGGGUGGUAAAUGGACCGUGGCACCACAUUAUAUCGACAGCGUGGCACAUCUCGCCGGCUUCAUCCUCAAUGGCGGAAAUGCUCUCGAUCCCCGGCGGGACUUUUAUGCCACCCCAGGCUGGAAAUCGAUGCGCUUCGCCCGCCCGCUGGUCCCUGGAGUGCGGUACCAGUCCUAUGUGAAGAUGAUGCCCAUUCGAGAACAGUCGGGCUUCUACGCCGGCGACGUUUAUAUCCUCCACGAAAACCAGAUCGUCGGCCUUGUUGGAGGUAUUACCUUCCGCACGUUCCCUCGGUCGCUGUUAAACACAUUCUUUAGCCCUCCUGAUACGACGACGAACGCUGUGAUUCAAGCAGGAAGCGUCCACCACCCAGCAUGUAGUGAAAAUGCGCUCCCGGUGGGCCCAGCACGUCAAGAAUCCGCAGUCCUCAGUGAGACACCAUCACGCCAAGCUCGUAGUUUAUCUCAAACAGUCAUGGAUAGCUCCGACAGUAGUCCUGUCACCACCUUCACUCCACCGACCCUCCGGUCCGUUGCUGCAAGCACGGAGAGUCCAAUUGUCCACCGGGCGAUGGCCUUGAUCGCGGCGGAAACAGCAAUUGAGCUGACUGAGCUGUCGGAUGAGACAGCUUUCUCCUCGAUUGGGGUUGAUUCCCUUCUGUCACUCGUGCUGGCGGAGAAGUUCACGGCUGAAUUUCGUCUGGAUUUUCGGAGCUCUUUGUUCCUCGAUUGUCCCACCAUUGGUGAUCUCAAAGCCUGGUUGAUUGAUUAUUGUUGA